AUGAAGUUAUCACUCGCACUGUUGACAGCCAUUGCUGUUCUUCUUAGCUCUACCGACGCUACUUUUUGCCUUUUGGAUGAUUCUUUAUUCAAAGAUGUUGUUCCCAAGACGGUUAAACCACAAUGUACACCUGACCAAUUGUACUACGACCCAAGCUCAUCAGGUGUUUCCAAAAGAACAUAUGGCACCUCAAACUUUAAUGCCGCUUUCGUUGUUUCAAAUGCCCAGAAAAAUAGUGAUGGUACAUACAAUGUUGUUGGUAACUUCCAGUGUGACCAAGCUGAUCAAUUGAACCAAUACUUUGCCAAAAGUGUUAAAGGAUUGUCAUUGCAAGGUACCGGUUGUAAAGACAUCAAAUUGUUCGGUGCUGAUUGUGAUAAACCAGUUGAAAACCCAUUCAAAUGGGCUGCUAACUUCCAAGUCCAGGCAGAGAUUGUCAAGGGUAAGUGUUGUAUCCCAAAGUCUCUCCAAAUUGUUACCAACUUUGAUGAGGGUUGUUCCGAAUGGUCUUCUUUGAAGCAAAAGUUUGGUAGUGCUUCAAUCAGCUACAAGGUUAGUACUAUUGUUAAUGGUAUCAAAACCUUUGAUGCUAGCAGUGUUUUCAACAGCCAAUUGUCUCUCUUCAAGAGAGAAGAAGAAGCUGAUGUUUUAGAUGAUAUUAGCGGAACAUCAACUUACGACAAGAGAACUUUGGGUCUCUUGUCCGAUUUGUUGGACAAAGUCACAAAGGGUUCAAAGAAUUGUGAAAUUAAACAAUUCUGUUGGGACUGUGAGUGUCCAGGAACCUCCACUGAAUCUACUGGUUCAAGCACUGUUCCCCCAACUACAUCAUGUCCACCACCAGUUUCAUCAUCAAUCCCACCGGUUUCGUCAUCUGUUCCACCAGUUUCGUCAUCUGUUCCACCGGUUUCGUCAUCUGUUCCACCAGUUUCAUCCUCAGCUCCACCAGUUUCAUCCUCAGCUCCACCAGUUUCAUCAUCUGUUCCACCAGUUUCAUCAUCAAUCCCACCAGUUUCAUCAUCUGUUCCACCAGUUUCAUCAUCAAUCCCACCAGUUUCAUCAUCUGUUCCACCAGUUUCAUCAUCUGUUCCACCAGUUUCGUCAUCUGUUCCACCAGUUUCGUCAUCUGUUCCACCAGUUUCGUCAUCUGUUCCACCAGUUUCGUCAUCUGUUCCACCAGUUUCGUCAUCUGUUCCACCAGUUUCGUCAUCUGUUCCACCAGUUUCGUCAUCAACUCCAGUUAAGUCCACCCCAGUUGAAUCAUCUCCAGUUAAGUCCACUCCAGUUGAGUCUUCUCCAGUUGAGUCUUCUCCAGUUGAAUCUUCUCCAGUUAAGUCCACUCCAGUUGAGUCUUCUCCAGUCGAGUCUUCUCCAGUUGAAUCUUCUCCAGUUGAAUCUUCCCCAGUUGAAUCUUCUCCAGUUGAGUCCACUCCAGUCGAGUCUUCUCCAGUUGAAUCAACACCAGUUGAGUCCACACCAGUUGAAUCUUCUCCAGUUAAGUCCACUCCAGUUGAAUCUUCUCCAGUUAAGUCCACUCCAGUUGAAUCUUCUCCAGUUAAGUCCACUCCAGUUGAAUCUUCUCCAGUUAAGUCCACUCCAGUUGAAUCUUCUCCAGUUGAAUCUUCUCCAGUUGAGUCCACUCCAGUCGAGUCUUCUCCAGUUGAGUCUUCUCCAGUUAAAUCCACCCCAGUUGAAUCUUCUCCAGUUGAGUCCACUCCAGUCGAGUCUUCUCCCGUUGAGUCCACUCCAGUCGAGUCUUCUCCCGUUGAGUCUUCUCCAGUUGAGUCUUCAACUGCACCAGGUGAGUCCAUCUCUACCUCUUUGGAAGGAACAGCAUCUACCCUUUCUUCUGUACCACCAAAGACUGUUAUUACACAUUCAACCACCAUUGUCACAGUAACAUCAUGUUCCGAGAAUGCAUGUUCGGAGCAAACUCACGUCACCGGUGUUACAGUCGUUACCGAAGAUACAACAGUGUACACAACUUAUUGUCCAUUGACAGAAGAGGUUACUGCAUCAACCGAGAAGACCCAACCAAGUGAAGAAGCCCCAUCCUCAACCUCACCAGGUGCUCCAGAAAGUGAAGCUUCAUCCGAGUCCGCAAAGACCUCACCAGGCGCUCCAGAAAGCGAAGCUUCAUCCGAGUCCGCAAAGACCACACCAGAGACCACACCAAUUGUUAAAACAGUUACUGCUCACUCAACUACUGAAAUCACUUUAACGUCUUGUGCCAAUGACGUUUGUUCAGAAGUCACCACCUCAACAGGUGUUGCAGUUGUUACUGAGGGAACUACUGUAUACACAACAUACUGCCCAUUGACAGAGGAAGCAACAAUCACUGUCCAACCUUCCAAGGAGGCCAACGAGGAAUCAGCUCCAGGAUCUGCCGUUGAAACCACAUCCACAGCAAUUGUACCACCAGCAGCAACAACUGAAGGGUCUGCUCCUGCUCCUGUUUCUGCUUCCUCUUCUUCUUCUGCCGAAGGUCCAAAGGGAACCACAACAACCACACCAGCUGAAUGGUCCGAAGAAACUGUUGCUGCCGCAUCAUCUGAAGCACCAAAGAAGACCGCCACCGCUGAAAAGCCCGAAUCCGAGGAGACUACUGUUGCUGCACCAUCUAAAGGUUCCGAAGAAACUGCUGCUGCUUCUGUUGCUGCACCAUCUAAAGGUUCCGAAGAAACUGCUGCUGCUUCUGCUGCUGCACCAUCUGAAGCUUCAGAAGGAACUAUUGUUGUCACUGAGGGAACCACCAUCGUUACACAAACCUUGGGUUCUCAUGGAACAGCUGUUGCCGCACAAUCUGAAGCACCUCAGGGACCAACUGUUGCAGAACAAUCAUCUGUUUCAUCAUCACCAUCAACCGAGGCAGUUUCUGCUUACGAAGGAGCAGGUAACACCGUCAGCUACUCAUUCGGUACCGUUUUGAUGGUUGCCGCAGCAAUCUUGUUAUAA